AUGGACGAUGAUAUAAGGAUUCCAAGAGUAACAAAAACACAAUGUCAUCGUGCAAACGCUAAGCCCCAAUCAACUGAUUUAUCUGAAUUCUACCACGUUAACUAUUUUCUAUUUGGAUUAUCUUAUAUAUAUGAAGCAGAUUUACCUCAUAGUAUUGAAGCACUACGCGGUGAGUUAAAUUUAUGGAAACAAUUUUGGAAAAAUAAACCAGAAAAGGCUGAAUCUUCAAUGGAAGCUUUUAAAUAUGCAUCUAUGUUUCCUAACAUUAAAUGUCUUUUAACAAUCCUUAGUGUGAUACAUAUAACAACAGCAAGUGCUGAAAGGUCAUUUAGUUCUUUAAAAAGGAUUAAAACUUACCUACGAUCGACAAUGGGCCAGGAAAGACUUAACGGCUUAGCAAUGUUGCGUUUAAAUAAAGAUAUUCAAGUAAAACCAGGAGAAAUACUAGAUGUGUUUACUAAAAACCAAACGAAAACUUCAAUUCGACCUAUGAAGCAAUAUGAGAACCUAUAA